AUGAAAAGUUCUCAAAAAUAUUGUAAUUUGGGAUAAUUUUUAGACAACAAUCAUUUUAUCCCAACUCUGACUUCUUGCACUAACAAAUUAUGCAUGAAACCUUAAUUAUUUGCUCAAGGCUGCAGAAAAAUAUCCAUUCAUGACGAUAUUGUACAAAGAAAGUAAGGUAGAGGAAAAAACUUGCUGGAAGUCUCAUAAGAUGAUAAACUGUUUCACAAAGGUGAAGGAAGCAUCCAUUCUUAUAGGAGUCCUAGGAACUGUUUUACUAAGGGUAAAACAUUGGUAAGCUAGACUGAGUUGACUAACAAGGUCAGUCCAAGGUUGCUAUCUCCAAAAUAAUAGAAGGAAGUAAUUGAAUAUUUACAAAAAAAAAAUGAAGAAUUGGCUCUAGAGAACAAACAAAAAUAAUAGAUAAUAAAUAGAUUAAUAGAAUCUGGUGACCAUACAUCAAAUACAAACCAAAUUCAAUCACCAAAAAAAGAGUAAUUUUUACCUCAAAUUCCAAAAUCAGUGGAAUCAAAGAGAAAUAAGGUGAAUGACAUUAGAUUUCCAUAAAUAAAAACACCAGAACCCUAUAUUGAACAUAGAAUAACAAAAAAGAAUGUGAUAAAUGAUAACACAAGUAAUGAAUAGUAAAAUAUAUUCAAUGUAAGUUUUGGAAAUCAACUGAAUUUAAAUGAUGGAACAAAUCAGCAAAAUAAUUAAAUUCCUUGUUCAAUUUAAAGAUUUAUUCCUCUUAAUAAAAAAUAGACACAUCCAAUACAAACAGGAAAAAAAUCACAUUUUUCAAAAUUAUUAUUAAAGUUACCUUAAGAGUUUCACUUAUGUAGUGAAAAUCAAAAGAAAUAAAUCUGA